UCAUAAGUGUUUUUUAGAAAACUAUGCGUACGCAAUAACAAAAGCGUAUAUGGCUGAAGCUAAAGGGUGUAAAUACUGUGAGGUGAUACGUGAUAUGUUAGAAGUGCCAAGUUCUAUGCGUGACAGAAGAAUGUCAGCGCCGGCUUUAGUGAAUCUGAAGAGUUCGUCAGAGACGGAAGAAGAGGAGUUACUGUUGGUUCCAGUUGUAAAUAGAAGAAAAUCAGCUGGUCCGUUGAAGUUUCUUGUGCCUUCUCGGAGACCGAGUUUCUGUCCGUCCCCGACGAUGACGGUGACUGUGUCCCCGGACCGGCGAGCAGACGCCAUCGUAGCUCAACGGUGGGGUCCUGCAAGAAAGGUCGCGUUGCAAAGAAUUCCCGGAGAACCGCUUGGUGUAAGCAUAGUUGGAGGAAAGGUGGACAUCGUCUCCACGACUGAUAGUGAUGAUGGAGAGGAGAAGGCAAUUUUCGGGAUUUUUAUUAAAAAUGUGGUGCCUGACAGUCCCGCGGGCAACUGCGGGGAGUUACAUACGGGAGACAGAAUUCUGGAAGUAGACGGUGUCUGUGUGAGAUCAGCGCAGCACGAGAGAGCUGUGCAGUUGAUCAAGGCUGCAGGGGAGAAAGUCACUCUUACCGUGCAGAGUCUAUUGGCUUGGAACACAGACUCGUCAGAUGUAGAAGUAUCAUCUCCACCUCCUACUCCCACGCACAUUGCAAGAAAGUCACCGGUACCACCACCACAUCCCGAUGACGUACCGGAACAUGAGAUUAAGAUCGACAGAGCGUCAGCGGGGGCAAUAAAGCGUAGCAAGGAAGAGAAGGAAGCCGACCAAGAGGAAGAAGACGACUUUGGCUACACUACAAUGGAAGGAUUUGCUAAUCGGCGUAUGGUACUCGUCGACUGUUGCCCAGGGUUGCGUCUGACGUACUUCCACUGCAUUCUAAAAGCCCGUUCCCACUAG